CGGGAAGCGGGAGCUGCGGUCGCUGCUCUGCGUCAUUUGCAGCCGGGUCACGGAAGCCUGCGCGCUUGGCACAUCCCUCGUGUCUGCCGGCGGAGAGCUUGGGAUGUGGCAAUGUCACCCAGACUUUUCAGAGCCCUGGCCGGAUCUCACUGUGUUUUAUCAAAAGUGUAUCAGUGCCCAAGACUUGUUCAUCAGACAUUAAAACCACUUAAGGACUUUGGGACUACGACGUGCAGCACCGUGACAAGAAGUCAAAACUUGGAUUUGUUCUUUCCUGAGACAGUGGCGGGCGGUUCAAGUAAGUCCCAGGUCCUGGAAACAAGUCAGAAAAUAACAAAUACAAACAUACUGUCUCCAUUAAGUGCUGCACAUUGCCAACAUGAAAAAGUACACCUUCCGACCAGGAAAUCUUUUAGUUCUCACAGGAAAGUGACUCACAAACCAAGUCUAUUAGGUUCUAAGUGGUUUAUAAAAAUAUUAGAGCGGCAUUACUCGUCUGUAUCAACGGAAACAGUUGUUCCUAAACAAGAUUUUCCGCAAAUCAAGAGACCACUGAAAGCAUCGAGGACCAGGCAGCCAUCCAGGACCAACCUUCCAGUCCUCUCUGUAAAUGAGGACCUGAUGCACUGCACGGCGUUUGCAACUGCCGAGGAGUAUCAUCUCGGAACUCUCGCUCAAGACCUGGCUGCCCACGGAUAUGUUGAAGUAACAAGCUUGCCUAGAGAUGCAGCAAAUAUUUUGGUGAUGGGCGUGGAACAUUCUGCGAAAGAAGGUGAUGCUGGAACAAUAUUCUUCUUCAGAGAAGGAGCUGCUGUGUUCUGGAAUGUGAAAGACAAAACUAUGAAGCAUGUGAUGCAGGUCUUAGAGAAACAUGAAAUCCAGCCCUACGAAGUCGCACUGGUGCACUGGGAGAACGAAGAGCUUAACUACAUCAAAACGGAGGGACAGUCAAAACUUCAUAGAGGAGAAAUCAGAUUAAAUUCGGAGCUAGAUUUAGAUGAUGCCAUUCUAGAGAAAUUUGCUUUCUCAAAUGCUCUCUGCCUUUCAGUGAAACUGGCUAUUUGGGAGGCGUCACUGGACAAAUUUGUUGAGUCUAUUCAGUCGAUUCCAGAGGCUUUAAAAGCUGGGAAGAAAGUGAAACUAUCUCAUGAAGAAGUUAUGCAGAAAAUGGGUGAACUCUUUGCCCUGAGACAUCGUAUAAACCUGAGUUCAGACUUCUUGAUCACUCCCGAUUUCUACUGGGACAGAGAAAACCUGGAACAGCUUUAUGAUAAAACCUGUCAGUUCCUUAGCAUUACUCGUAGAGUUAAGGUCAUGAAUGAAAAGCUUCAGCACUGCAUGGAGCUAACAGAUCUAAUGCGGAAUCACCUGACUGAGAAGAGAACACUCCGCCUGGAGUGGAUGAUCGUCAUCCUCAUCACCAUCGAGGUAAUGUUUGAGCUGGGACGAGUAUUUUUUCUGAUCAAGUGAUGGCCAGAGAAAAGUAUCAGUGCAAGAGAUACUAAAAUUCUACAAUCAAAAAUAAAUGCUCAUUGAUGGGGGAAUCUCUUAUUUAAUAGGUAUUUAAUUUUUUUAAAUCAAAAAGUUGCAAUGAUCUUUUUUAGCUCCUGAAUGUAUUGCUGCUUGAAUAAAAAU